UAGUUAAAUACAAGCUGGGGGAUAAAUUGCAUGCGAAAAGGCGGUUAGACGCACUGGUCAUUUGCUGGAUGAUGCCUCUUAUUUCAGAGGAGGGUGAACACAGUGCGUUGCAAAGGAUAUGGUGUGUCUGUAAAUGUCAUUAAAGUGGGCCAGAUAAUUUUUUGGGGGCUGUAACGCAACGACUGAGGUCAUUAAAUAGCGGCUUCUACCCUGGGCUUCGGAGAUGCAAUCGCCGGGCGGGUGAAAAGCAUUUGUAUUCAAGACGGGAGUGUGUCAAACUAGCGUUGGUGUCACCCUUUGGGCUGCGUGUAGAACUGCGCCUUGCUGUUCCCGCAAUGUCUAACUGUGCAACUGAUAGCAGCACACACUGCCGUAGACAGACCUAGUUGGCAUCCAGAUGCAAGCGUCUCCGCAAUGGAACAGGAUCAGAAGGUGCAAGAGAAACGAGGUCCACGCAGUCGCAUCCCCAGACUGGUUCUCCGCCCUUAUUCCCACAUCCAGAAGCGAUCGCCUUCGUCUGAAUCGCCCUUGUCCGAGGAAGAGAGCCGAGAUUACGACCUGAGCUCCAGCCAGUCGCGGAGAUCCACCGCUACCGACAGCAGCAUCAGUUUCUGUUCAGACGAUACUGGAUGUCCAAGCAGCCAGUCGGUAUCCCCGGUUAAAUCUCCUUCAAAGUUGGCCAAUAUUGUCUUAACGAUUCCUACGGUGAAUGAAGAAGAGGGCGGAAAGAAAAAUAACUCUGGAACUGAGUGGAACGCUCACCACAUUAGACAUAAGAGGGAGCAGAAGUCAUGCCUAGUGCAGCCAGGGAGUGAAGCUGACUUUAGUUCAUCCAGCAGCACAGGCAGCAUCUCAGCACCUGUAGGUCUAAUGUCCAACUCGGGGAGCAAGCGGAGCUCGGCUUCUCGCAGCCGUGGCGUACAUGGAAGAAGCAGCACUUCCAGUGGACACAAACCGUCGGGGAGCCCAACCCUUACGCGGGAUAAAGAUCCAGUCUCCGCGGUGUACAAAAGUACAGCCAACAUCCGUGAUGUCUAUGGUGCAUCAUCUCGUAGCAGCAGCAGUAACUCCGGUUCAUACAAAGGCAGUGACAGCAGCCCAACUAUCAGGCGGUCUGGUAAAUACACCUCUUGCAGUGAUAAUCAUGGCAUUAAGCCUCCUAACCCGGAACAGUACUUGACCCCACUGCAGCAAAAGGAAGUUACCAUUAGACAUCUGAGGACAAAACUAAAGGAUUCUGAAAGCAACCUUCAAGAGAGGUGGGAAUCUGAAGUUGUAGAUCUCAAGUCGCAGCUUGCUCGCAUGCGGGAAGACUGGAUAGAGGAAGAAUGCCACCGAGUUGAAGCACAGCUUGCACUAAAAGAAGCACGGAAAGAGAUUAAACAACUCCGUGAGGUGAUUGACACUAUGAAGAACAGCUUGGUAGAGAAGGAUAAAGGGGUCCAAAAAUAUUUUGUUGACAUUAAUAUCCAAAACAAGAAGCUGGAGUCUUUGCUGCAGAGCAUGGAGUUGGCUCAGAAUGGUGCGUCAAGGGACGACUCAUCAUUGGACUGCAUGUGUCCAUCGCCUGUGAAAUCAUUGGCUCGUAGCACAACCUACACUAAAAUGGCUGAGGCCAUGGCCCUUGAAGACCAGGCUGUUGAAGAAAUGGCUGAUAGUGGGCUGCUCGCCAAUGAUGCUAUGGCAAGCAGAGCAGAUCUCUUUGACCAAAUACUGAGGUCCAGACCCACUGAUGUUAGCCCAGGAGAUGGCAGUUGGCCACAAGCCAAUGAAAUGCAGGCUAUCCUUGCCAACAGUCCAGCAUUUAAUAUUUCUGCUCCAAGUAUGAUCUUUAUGACAAGUGAUAAUAGGCUGGUGAGGGAACAGGCGAUCCAGACUGAUGUAGUACCAUAUAGUCCAGAUGUACAGAGUCUCAUUCUACAUAUUCAAAAAUCCCAACAAAACAGCCCAGUCAGCCCAAUAUCUGCAACCUGGGUGUCAGAGGCUGGCCAAACAGAAUGUGCAUUGGAGUUUGAUGCUUUAAUUGAUUUAACUCCAAAUAAUCCUAAUACUGCUAUUCUGGUGUCUAGAUUAGAAUGUGUUAAUCAUUUCAAGAGCUCCCCAGCAAGCACCCACAAUGAACAAGCACAGCACCAACCUAGCAUAAACAGUACGAUGGAGUCCACUUUUACACCAGCCUUUGAUCAAACAGAUAGUAACGGAUUUAGUGUUUCGGAGGAUCAGCCAUCUGCAGUGUGUCAGAAAAGUUAUUGGAGCAAGCAUUUCAUUGUUGAUUUAUUGGCAGUGGCUGCACCUGUAGUGCCAACGUUGGCAUGGAUAUUUUCCACACACAGAGGAAGAUCGGGGGGAAUGUACAAUAUAGGGGCACUUUUGCGUGGGUGUUGUUUGGUGGCCUUGCACUCUCUGCGCACACAGCACACACAAUGUUUACCCCCUCAUUUAAAAAAAUGAUUCCAUUAAUUGCACUUAAAUUUUAGUUCAGGACACUUGAAAAAUACUGGAAUUAGCUUACUGAGUUGUGUUUGUGUGUGGCUCGGUGUGUUUCAACACAUCAGUGAGAUUUAAUUUGCACUGCUGAUAUGUAUAGAUAUAUUGACUUAAAGUGAUGAGUUUACAGUGUUGCAAGUGGCUUUUGAAGAAUGGUUAAUUUAUAAAUGUGAAUGUUUUCAUUGAACGAAGGAGAGAAAGAAACUGAAGUGGCCAAAGUUGACCCUCUGCUGAGCAAUGUAGCAAAAUACUUUGUAGAGGUUAUGUUUCACUAAAGCAUGGGGAAAGUGCAGUCUU